UUACAUCCAAAUGAUUUCCUACUGAAUUUACAUGUAAUUUCAACCCAGUUCAUAAGUGACUUCGUCACAAAGGCAGAUGUGCCACGAUUUGCAAGCUCCCACUGGACAAUCACUGAAGUUGCGCGCUAACUUACGGUUCCAUGCAAACGGUGAUCAGUGCAUGUAACCCUAUGUGCUCUGCAUGUGCAGUGGGCAUGGUUUCAACUCAAGCGACGUCACACUUACGAACCGGACAGUGUGCACAUGUUUGGAACAUUAAAAGAUAUUCAGAUAUAUGCGCAUUUGUCAAUAUAAAAAAAAACAGCCGAACUUAAUUGAUUGUCUAUAAAACUAGUUCACAGCCAGAAGUUUACAUUGGUGAAACACACUGCUGAUUAUUAUCGUAGUAGUUUUCUUUUACUGAGGCAAACAGCCUUUUUAUUUGCUUGGUAGAUAACUGUACAAAUCACUGCAUGGAGAGAGUCACCACAGAGACUUGCUACAAAGACUUCAACCUCAAUCAAAAAGGCUAGCCAAGAUACACCAGUACCACGCACUAACCAUGUCAAUCCCAGCUCCUGGUGCCCCGCUCGCAUAUCCCUGGUACCACGGCAGCAUCACCCGGCUACAGACAGAGGAGUGUCUGAUGCGAGCCAAUAGGACGGGGUCCUUCCUGGUCCGAGACAGCGAGUCCUUCAAAGGAGCCUACGUCCUGUCUGUCUUGUGCGAGGGUCGUAUCUACCAGUAUCGUAUAUUACCCGAUGGGAAUGGGUAUCUCAUUAAGUCGUCAGAUGCCACUAAACAGCAUACGUUCAGUAACGUGCCAGAGCUCAUUCAGAGCUACAGCAUCACCAACAAUGGUCUGUGCUGCCCACUACGCUACCCCACCGAGGCACCAAAAGUUGAAACGGAAGAGGAGCAAGACUCGGAUGACGAGCCCACAGAGGAGGAAGAAUCGGACUCGUUCUCGAUGGCCUCGCCUACUGACAUUGCCCUGCACACGCUGCGGUCCCGCCUGGAGUAUCUGGACCAGACGGCCCUGGACGGCCAGUUCUUGGAGAAGCUGCGGGAUUACAUGAGCUCCAAGGCUAAGCAGGACUACGAGGAUGUCAAGGCGGGGGCCACCACAGCCGGUCACCUGCGACAGCUGGUCCUGUCUUCAGCAAGGGAACUGACAAAGCAACUGGAUUUGUUCUUAGCCAAAAUGAAAGCAUUACAGCAACUCUUUGAACUGUCAUCAGUCCCAAGCAAGACAAGCUCAGCCAACGAGACGGGAAAUGAUUUGAAACAACUCUUCAGCCGGCUAGGAGAAUGCCAGGCCAGGGUUACUUCCCUUGAAAACAAGGCCGUGGCAACUUACCUGGAGCUCAGCAAGGGAGAGGUUCGAAUCCCUGUAACCCCUGCCAAGCCACAGCAAGCUUCAACAGAGGCUCCUGAAAAGGAGCCGGAACUCCCCGAAAUGGAGCCGGACCCCUUGAUCGGGGGUGCUGACAACACCUACACAGGGGGCUUGACCACGAGCGAUGGGAUAUCUGGGGGGGACACCCUCAAGGUGCACACCCUCCCCAAUCUGACUAUGUCGGUCACGCCCUUUGAGGUCAAAGUUGAAGGUCUGACCGUGGGUGCCCUGAAGAACACUAAAGUCAAACUGACUGUUGACGUUGCCCAUGGUACCCUGUCCAUCCUGAAGCAUUUUGGGAAAGACAUGAAAGAAGAGAUGACAUCUUACACACAUGACAAAAUUGUGCAGCUCAUCAAAUCAAGAGGCACAAACACAAAACUCCAAAUCCGAUUUUCCAACGGCAAGAAGAAAGAGUACAGUUUUGAGGAUGCCAAGAAGAGAGAGACAUUUUGCCAGCUUAUCCAGUACAUGAAGAUGAGCCAUUCCUACAGCAAGGAGGUGGACCAGAUCUCGGUCUUUAUCGGCACGUGGAACAUGGGUGCGGCCAUGCCACCUACUAAUAUCACCUCCUGGCUGACGUGCCAAGGACAGGGGAAGACGCGAGACCCAAGCAUGGCGGCUAUGCCCCAUGACAUCUAUGUCAUUGGCACACAGGAAUUCAAGAGCGCCGCCAUCAACGACAAGGAUUGGAUCAGUCGGGUCAAGAUGGAAAUUGGCCAGCUGAACGGGCUGAACAAGAAGGAAUACGUCACAGCAGCCACUGCAUCCCUCUGGGGCUUGAGGCUGGCCGUCCUGGUCAACAAAGACCACGAGCAUCAGAUCAGCCACGUCAGGGAUUCUUUUGUCAGAACUGGCAUCGCCAACACUCUGGGCAACAAGGGAGCCGUGGGUGUAUCUUUACUCUUCAGCGGUACUUCAUUUUGUUUCAUCAAUGCACAUCUUACCUCAGGAACUGAAAAAUGCACGAGGCGUAACAAUAACUACCAUGACAUCAUCCGUGGCCUGUCACUAAGUUCCAAGGGAAUGAGUCUCUUUGAUCUGACCAAUCAAUUCCACCAUAUCUUUUUCCUCGGCGACCUCAACUAUCGGAUCGAGUGGAAUGUACCGGAGAUCCUGCGAAACAUCGCUUACAUGAACUACGCCGACCUGUUCAAGCACGAGCAGUUGAAGCGAGAAAAAGACAAGGGCAAUAUCUUUGUAGAUUUCAGUGAGGAAGAUAUCUCUUUCCCUCCAACUUACCGGUACAAGCUGGGCGACCGAACGUCCUAUGACUACAAGAAAAUCAAGAAAACCAUGGUGCGUAUCAAUGAGCCAUCAUGGUGCGACAGGGUCAUUUGGAGGUCUUACCCGGGCACCCACAUCGUCAACACAACCUAUGGCUGUACCACUGACAUCACAACCAGCGACCACUCGCCUGUGUUUGCUACUUUUGAUGUUGGAAUAGCUGCUACCACAGUUAUCCCUAAAGGUGGUUCUGCGCAGAACGCUGAGAUCGUGUUCACCUCAGCAGAAGCGAUCAUCACAACCAGCAUGUGUGGCAUGUUUUAUUUGGAAUUCAUCUCCAGUUGUCUGGAAGCCGGAUCUGGAAAGAGUGAGAUGAACAGGACUUGCACACAAGAGCAGAUGGGGUCCAAAAUGGCCUGCAUCAAGCCAUCGUGGUCAUCUGAAGAACUACCAAAGUUGACGCCGAUCCUGUCAGACUUUGAUUAUCUGGAGGAGCAGCACAUUCUGAUGGCCAUCAAGUCCAGCGACAGUGAAGAGUCCUACGGCGAGUUUGUGGUGUCCUUGAAAGACAAGAUUAGUUCUACACCGGUGCCGUUCCAUGCUGUACUUACCCACCAGGGGCACAGAACAGGAGAAAUCAGCGGUGCCUUGCAUGUGAAAGCCAGAGAUGAGAGUUUGUACGAUGGCAGCCGCAAAACGAAAACCUAUGAGUUGGUUUUGUUCGAAGACAAAGAAAAAGGAGACGGACUUCCUUCUGCUGCAGAUGCAAAAGGCAAAACCAAGAAAGCAUCUGCGCCAAAGAUUCCUGGCAUAGAGAGCCCACCGACUGACAUCACCGAUGCUUUGCUGCAUCCAGUCAACAGACGCCACCGGCAAAACGGUGAAAGCAUGACUGUCAAAGCAUCACCAGAGACAACUCCAAUAGGGGUGAAAGGGGAGGAUACUGAUGGAGUCCCUCCCCCUCUUCCCCCACCCAGGAGAGGGGCAAGCCCAGUCACCCCCGAUGUUAUCCAAUCCAACGAACUGACUACCAGGCAGCUCAAACCUCCCAAGCAGCUGUCUUUGGAGACCUCCCUGACCUCAGACAUGAGCAAGCCGUCACUCCGAGCUUGUCUGUCCAACCCCGGCGACCGUGAGCCCUGGGACACGACCCUGAUCCUGACCCGGGCCAAGUCCCCACUGGCGGGGUGUUGGGACAACCACCUGCCCCGGCUGGAGCGACCCCUGCCCAUACCCCCGCCACCGGAGAUCCACGAUUGCCCGCCCAGAGCGGACCCAGCCCUACGCAGCCCGCCUGCCCUCCAGGCCAUCACCAGAGGGAUCCCCAAGAAGCCUGCAAGGAAACAGUCACCAGGGAAGGUGCGGCAGCUGCGGGCCCAGUUCGAGAAGUCGAACCACAACGAGGAAGGGUCGCCGGAGAAUGCCAAGAUAUUCUUGGAGGAAGGCGGCAAACCCCCAUUACCACAACGGAUGGGAGAAGUGAGACCGUCAGAGGACAUACUCAUCGAGGGGUUGCCUCCGCCCCUACCCGCCAAAUCCAAGACACCACCCAAGAGUCAGAUGUCAGACAUGGAGGAAUACGAGGUUUUAAGGCGGCCAUCCACCAUCAUGGAGUGGCUGAUGAAUCUGGGGCUACCACAGUACGGCCACCAGCUGCUUAACAGUGGCUGGGACAGCGUAACUUACCUGGACGGCAUCACCGACAGGGACUUGCUGGAAUGCCAGAUUGACAGCAAGGAGCACAGGCUGCGCAUGCUGGACAGCAUCAAAAACAUGCCCAUAGCAAAAUGAGGCUGCAUCUACCCCUCCGGCAAGCAGCUAGCCCCCCACCUGUCCCCCUCACCCCCACCCCAUUGGCCAAAAAACAAAAGGAUCAACUUAAUAUCUGUUCUUGUGCUGCGCCUCCCUGAACGGCACUUCCCCCACCCUCCCCUGUGCCCAAAGUUGGGGACACAGCUGCGCACCUGUCCCGAAUUUCCUCACAGAGACCAGCCACAUACGGCUGGAUAGCUAAACCAGAGCACAAUAACAGUGGAUCGGAAGUAGCAGGUUUGGACCCUGCUCUGCUUAAUUACAACGUGUUCUGUCAGGAACAGACAAUAUUGAGAAUUCCAAAUGGAAAGUGCAAUCAGAAAGACGUGUUUUGAACCUCAGUCGCAAUGUUGGGUAACCCAGUACUGGCGAUUUUCUUGUGAAUUGCUGAAAUAUAGAAAGUGAGAACAUUAUACCAAACAUACCCGUCACUAACUGCAAUUUCAAAGAAUGACUUUUAUUCAAGUCACAGUUAUGUGUGCUGCCAUUGCCCUCCCUCAUUACAAAGCAAUUUUUUUCUUCAAAAUCUCUUCAAAAUGAGCAAAACUAACAAAAAGCUGUUAAUCCUUUUACCUAAACCUUGAGGGCGUGUCUGUUCUGAGUGCAUUUCAACUGUGAUUACAUGUAGCGCACCGGCACACGUUUGUCUCGUAAAAAUUAAAAUGUUAUCGGUAAAAACCAGUUACUAAUUCUAUAUGCAUGUACAAAGUGUCGUAAUUGCAAAUAUUCCGACUACCUUUAUAACAAAGUUGUAAACAAAUAAGAAAACAAAUUCUCUCUUUGUGGCAUAAUUGUUUAGACAUGUUUACUCACGAGUACCAUAUGUCUGUAACUGUGAAAACAUUACCAGUAGAGUUAAGGGUGUGAGUGGCCACUUACAAUUAAAGCUGAAAUGUAAGAAGUCCCCAUACCUUUGCACACAACAAGUGCACACAAAAAAACUGAAAUUGAGGGUGAACAUCUCAACAGAAAAGCUGAAUUUCCACCUCUUUGUAAAGUACAGCAUAAGCCACGUGGAUGAGAUACAUGCACAUAACUCAACAGGGAAAAAAGGACUACAGAAAACUAUUGCAUUUCCCCAAAACACAGUGUUGUAUAAAAACAUUUAUGUAUAAGACAAUAGGCUUCCCACAUACAUUUGUACAGUAUAUGCAAAUGUACAUACAUGUACAUUCUAGCUGCAACUUCCAGAUAUAUUGUGUAAUAAUGGAAAAGACAACUCUGGCAUUUUCAACAAAAACCAUGAAAAACAAAUGCUACCAAUUUAUACUUGUACGUGUAAUAGUUACCCAAAACUCCCAGAUGUAACUGGUCUUAUUUUUUACCUGAAAUCCGUUAUUUUCUGUAAAACUGGGUUUCAUUCCCCCCCCCUCGUUUUUCGGAUGAUGAGAAAACCAUUACAAUUAUGCAAUUGAUAUCAAGUCAUCCACAUGAAAGGCGGUUGCCCGUUACCCCCGUACUCAUGAUGGGAUUUAGAACAAUGAGCAGAGGUACGUGUGAUAUGAACCUACAUUUAAAGCAUUCCCUCAAGUGUGAAAUGGAUAACAUUGUUAUUGGUUGUAACCUUUUACUGCAGUAAGUCAAGCAAGUUUUGCCAACAGUGGGAUCUUUUAUUCAAAACAUAUCGAUUUCUACAAACCACGGUGUGGUGAUAGUCAAUAGUUGAUCAGGCCUCUAACAUGCAUGUAAAUACUUUUAAAAGCAAUUCUACGGAUGCCAGAUCAGUUUUAAGAACAAAAUUGCCAUCGUAGCAUUAACCAACAACUUAUAUUUUUCAGUGAGAGAGUAUAUUUGUGUAGGUCAUUUUUUCCGCUUUUAUUUUGUAAUAUUUUUUCUUGCUAUACACAGAGAUAUUGUUUUG